AUGGAGGCUCUGGCAGCUGUAGCCUUGGCGGGGAACGUCCUCCAAUUCAUGGAAAUAGCAAAGAAGCUGUACGACACAGGCUCUGAGCUGCAACGAAAUACGUCCGGUUCAACGACUAGAAACGAGUCUAUCCAAGAAAACAUGAAGUUUCUCACCAGUUCUCUGGCCGAGCUGAGAAGUAGUGCAGACCAGUUCCGAAACUCACAAAGUAAUACAAGAACAUGUGAUCUGGCAAGCCAGUGCAUCAUCUUGGCUGCAGAUAUCAAGAAGGAAAUUGAAGAACUCAGAUUACCCAAAUCAGCACGACGGUUCAGCCUUCGGGUUGUACGUGGAGCGAUCCGCAAUCACAAAGCCAAACCACAGAUUGACCAAAAGCUCCAACAGCUAAGUGAUGCUCGAAGUGAGCUCGACUCGCAGAUCCUGAUAGAUAUCAGGAAGUUUCAAAGCGAUGCCUCUGUGGCGACUUCCGAAGUCUUUCAACAGUACCAACGGCUUAAACUGAGUCAAGGGGAAAGCUUUCAGAAGUUACAGGAUAUUAUCAACGCGUCAGCUGAAUCGGUGGCAGAGACUCUGAAGACAGAAUUACAUUCAUCGGUAAAGGAAAUUUCUACCACCCUUCGGCACUGGAAGAAAUCAAGUGAGCAUAUCAGUAUGCUGGUUGCUGUCUUGCAAUCACUUCAGUUUGCUGCUAUGAGGACUAGACUGGCAAAUAUAGAACGCCCUCACGACGAUACACUGGACUGGAUUUUCAAGUCUCAAGAACAUUUUGUGAAGUGGUUAAGAGAGGAAGAAGGGAUUUUCUGGAUUACUGGCACCCCUGGAUCCGGAAAGUCGACACUGGUCAAAUUUCUGCAGCACAGUGAAACCACGACCGAACACCUAAGACAUUGGGCAGGAGAUGCACAAUUGGUUACGGCCGGGUUCUACUUCUGGGCUAUUGGCACGUCGAAUCAAAAAUCUCUGGUGAGCCUGCUUCGCUGUAUGCUCUUCGAAAUCGUGCGACAAAGCCCAGACCUACUCGAAAGAAUACUUCCGUCCAACAUCUCAAGCUUAGACCCCGGACUUGUAAUUCGACAUCCGUGGACGACACCUGAUUUAUUGGGUUGUCUCCAUAGACUCGAUACCCCCGAUAUUAAAACUCGUUUUUGCUUAUUCAUUGAUGGACUUGAUGAGUAUGAAGACUCGGUAGAACCUGGUCUCGAGGAAGCUACGCAUAAAGGCGAUCAUGCAACAGACAGUGCCUACAGGAUCAAAACAAUAGUGGAACAGCUCAGCUCUAUCCAAACCUUCAAAUUGUGUGUCUCAAGCAGGCCAUGGAAUGUUUUCACAAAUGCUUUUGGACACCGUUCAAGACACUUGAAAAUGCAUGAGCUGAACCUGAACGAUAUUCGCCGUUAUGUGGAGCUGGAAUUGUGUCAGGACUCCUACAGAAAAUUCUUGGCAGACGAUAAAGUGAUCGAACAUAUAAAAUCUCAGAUUGCCUACAAGUCAGAAGGCGUAUUUCUGUGGGUCGUUCUGGUGACCAAAAGCAUUUGCAGAAGUUUGAUCAAUGGUGAUGCCCUAGCGACGAUACAAGCAAGACUUGACACGAUGCCAACGAAGCUGCAUGCGUAUUUUAUGCGUAUGAUAGAGACGACUGAAGACUUCUACCAGCAGGACCUUAUACGGAUACUACGCAUUAUAACAUACUGGGAGGAAAUAAGGGACGAGCUGUGUUUACCGCUCUGGGUCUUUAAGCCAAUCUACGGACCCCGACCUGAUCUCACAUUAGGUGUAAAAGCUCCAAUCAUUCUUCUCACAGAAAUUCAAGAAGUUGCACUGAUUCGAUCGGAAUCAGCAAAACUCCAAGCACGGUGCCCAGAUCUUCUGCAGGUAUUCGGUGAUUGGGACUAUGAGCACAAUAACCCCUCGGUCGACCUUAUACACCGAUCCGCUUCUGAAUUUUUGCGAUCUCCUGUCACUAAAGUCGCAUUGGAAGAAAAGUUAGGACGCUCGUGCGAAGAAAUCGACUUCGAUGCCGUAAUCAUGAAUGGAUGCUUCUUGAGCCUGAAAAUGACUAGUACACAUUUUUGUGCAUCUGGUCCGUCGAAUCAAUUCGGUUACAUUGUGGAUCGCAAAGAUUUCCACAUCAAUAUGGAUGUCAAUAUAGCAUAUAUGAUAUUGGGUAUCGUCGCUCGGAUGGCUGAUCGGCAGGUGCAAGGGUCAUUGCUUGACCAACUGUGUUCUGUACUUAUGCACCGCGAGAGCGUCUAUUCAGUGGCCUACCCUUACCUCUGUUUCAGCUACACCAACGAAGACAAUUGGAGGUUAAAUAAGGACUGGGCGCGAUUUCGAAAUUUGGAGGAGAUGUACGGUUCGUUGCAUGGCCAUUGGGACCAGUUGUUGCCCGGCGAUGGUAACUACUCUGAACCUGAAACCCCCAUGAAUGCAGGUUCAGAAUUCUUCACGAACGACGGGAAGGGGAUCCCUUAUUGUUGGUCGUCAUUCAUCAAGGGUUCUCGUUUCCGUUUUCGUUUUGACGACUUGGCUUGGUAUGUAGAGGAAAAGUGUGCUAAAAUCAGCAAGCAAGACCUCAUUCGCUUGUGCGACGAGUUCUUCAAUACUUGGCAUAUGCCCUCCAAAUACUACCGAGGGUGCUCAGCACGUCGGAUGCGCAUGGGAAGUUCAUCGCCAAACAAUCCUUCCGUACCUAUAAGUCGGUCUGUUCUUUGGUUUCUAGAUCGUGGCGUACCCGCGAACUGUCUACUCACCCCAUGGAUUCGUCAACAAUGUACAAGCUCAGGGAAGUUCCUGCCUACGUUUUGGGAGGCAUAUUUGGGCGAGAUAGCCACAUAUUAUCAAGAUGAAGACGAUGAUCGUCGUAGCUACCCGGCAACUCGAGAAUUCCUUCUUCGAGGCGCUCACCGUGGGGUGAUAUACCAUGGAGCCCAAGACAUGGGAGUCUUCCCAAGAUGGUUGGUCGACGCCCAGGUCAUCGAUGUCAUAAAAAGAAUCUACUCUCCAGCCGAAGCUCAGUCGCUCAUAGACCUAGUCAAGCAGUUAGAUGCCGAGGAGCUGCAAGCCAGGCAAGUGUCCGAGAACACCGACGCGACAGGCAUUGAGCAGAUCGAUGACAAAGGAGGCAUCGACGACAAAGGAACCAUCGACGACAAAGCAAGUACAGACAAAGAUCAAAACACAAACACCGACAACGAACCCCGAACCAACACGCAAGCGCACACCAACAACGACGCCAAUCACUCAUGGAUCACACGAACGCAAUCAUCCCCUCAGGCACACUUGCCCGAAAGACAGCCUUGA